AGCAGUGUUGGUGAGCAGAGUCCACAGGAGGGUUCACUGGUUUCUGCUCCAGUCAGACAAAACAGGAGUAGUUUCAGUCCAGACUGAGAAUUGAAAGGGUUUCAGACCAGACUGAGAAUUGAAAGGGUUUCAGACCAGACUGAGAAUUGAAAGGGUUUCAGACCAGACUGAGAACAGGAGUAGUUUCAGUCCAGACUUGUGUUGAGAGGUUGAUAAAGGAAGCGGCUGGAUCUAAACCCUGGGGGACAAGGGUUAAAGGCAACAUGCCAUCAGGGCGGAUGAUCAAGCUGGUGGUGUACGAGGUGUUACAGGUCGCUUGUCUCAGUGUUCCAAUAUUCGUGGUGAUGGAGAGGUUUGCUUCCCUGAUGCUCCAUGUCAGAGGAGAUCUGACUGCCUAUUGGUUGGUGGUAGCAGCUUCCAUAGCCUACGUUACCUCUGUAUCUCUGCUGGUCUGGGUUCCACUCCGGUAUCUUGUCCUCAAGCAGCGCACGGUGAUCACAGACAUCACGCAGUGGAGACCAACAACAUUGGCCUAUGUGAUUCUGUGCACGUUACCAUGCUUCUCUAUUCUGAUCGCCGGUUCCAAGGUGCAGGUGGAUAAGGGACCACAGUACAGACAGGACCACUUCUCUGAGCUGCCCAACUCUCUUGUGCUCUUCUCUCUCAUCUGUGUUGAUAUCAUCGAGAGGAUCCGGCCGUGCAGCCUCACAGGGCAAGACCGUAUGGAAAUGGGUCUGGACAUGCCGGGUCCUGUUCUGACCCACCUGGAGCAGGUGAACAGCGUGUCGGGCCAGCUAUACUAUGAGAGGGGGCAGAACGGGGUGUUGGGGAACGGUUCGGCUACAGGGAGGUGGAGGGACCAGGAAGCAGUCGGCUCACGACCAGCCAGCGCGACCUACCUGUACUCCUCGUCACACUCCCACUCUGGCCCGCUCCGUGUCCUGUGGUCCCAGGAUAUGAGGUCAGAGGUGUUUGUUCACAGCUUCCUGUUCUGGAUGGAUGUGGUGGAGCUGGUGCGCGUGGCGGGGAUUCCAGACGUGUUUUACUCUGGCUGGGUGUUUGCUGUCUACAUCCUGGCAUUUCUGUCCUGUCUCCGUCUGGCAGUGACGCCUCACAGCGCUUUACUGCCAUCAGCUGGCUUUUUCCUGCAGGACCUGCCUUUCCUGCUGCUGCGCCUCGCUCUGAUCUCUGUCCACGGCUACAUCACACCGCUGCUUUACCCAAUGAAGAACCUGUUGGUCUGCCUGACAUUCACCUACUUCAACUUCCUGACCAAGCUCCGCCUCUUCCGCAGAGAGAGCAUGUUCUAGUCUUGCCCACCAGCCAGCUCUCUCUCUGUCGAGACGUCUGGUUUCACAGCGCCUCAGAACUGGACUUGACUGGGAGUCUAUGGCAGGAGCAGUGAAAACAGGAGUGGUGUAAAGUACUUUUUGGGUAUCUGUACUUUUCUUUAAUAUUUAUAUUUUUGACAACUUUUGCUCCACUACAUUCCUAAAGAAAAUAAUAAAAUUUUUACUCCUUACAUUUUCCGACACCCAAAAGUACACAUCACAUUUUGAAUGCUUAGCUGCAGAGGAUAAUUGUCUAAUUCACACACUUAUCAAGAGAACAUCCCUGAUCAUCCCUACUGCCUCUGAUCUGGCAGAAUCACGAAAUACAAAUGCUUCGUUUGCAAAUUAUAUCUGAGUGUUGAACUGUAAACCUGGCUAUCCGUAAAUUAAAAAAAAAAACAAGAAAA